CCAAAAUCGCGGAUAUUGCGCCAACAGUUGGGGAGUGACAACAGGGCAAGAAGAAAGGCGGAUUAUUAGUUAACGGGUUGGAGGCCAGGAGCGAGUAAAGUUCGGGUAAAUAGAACUGCAAUCAUGAGUUUUGGAGGAGCCCCCAAAUGUGGACGAUGUGGGAAGUCUGUGUACUUUGCUGAGGAAGCCAUUGCCUGUGGGAAAAAAUGGCACAAGUCCUGUUUGUUGUGUAAAAACUGCAAUAAGAGAUUAGACAGCACAACCUGUACUGAUCAUGAUGGUGAAAUUUAUUGCAAGUCCUGUCACGGGAAACUGUUUGGACCCAAGGGCUAUGGAUUUGCUGGGGGUAGUUCUGGUUUGUCUAUGGACACUGGGAAAGCCAAUGAAGUGACAAGAGACAAUGUCCCUCGAGGUCUGGACCAAGCCCGUGUUCCCCACAUGCUUGGAGAUGCUGGCCCAACAUCAAAGUUUGGGGGCGCGGACAAGUGCCCAAAGUGUGGACGUAGUGUUUACAAGGCAGAAGAGGUGCUUGCAGCAGGAAGGGCCUACCACAAGAGCUGCUUCACUUGCUUGUCCUGUAACAAGAGCCUUGACUCUGUGACAGUGACCAACCAGCGAGAAGACAUCUACUGCAAAGCCUGCUACAACAAGAACUUUGGACCAAAAGGCUUUGGGUUUGGGGCAGCAAUGCAGAGGACUACAUAAGAGCUGAAAUGUGUGUACCCCAGGGGACCGGUUUAAGACCACACAUCUGCCCUCGUUACUCUGGUCCCGAGGCUCUCUCACCCCUUGCCUGAUGACCUUAUACUACCAUUUUUAGCCUCAACACUUUCCCAGAUAGUCUUAUUCUCGGUCAGUAUUCUGUAGUCUGGUUUACAUUUUGAGGUAGCAGUCAGACUUCUCUGUUAGAAGUGCAGUCCAUCACAGCCAGGUGUAGAAGAGUAUUUUUUGAGUAGAGACCAGUGUUUGAGUUCUGGAUUAUUAGAUAUUGUAUCUCUUGAUUACAGUGUGAAGUCAGGGUAUAGAUCGGUAGGUUGUGAUGUAGAGAAGGCUGGGUGUGGUACGUAGACUUAGUCACCAUAUAUCCAUUCCCCUGGAAGUAUCCGAAAGUUACAGUACAAAGUAAUUCUUUUAUUUUUUCCAAGAUUAAUCCAUUUUAUGAAGCUGGAGAUGGGACCAAUUUUGCCUAUACCUACAGAUACAUAAAGCUUUUAUUUUUACUCGAAUUUGUAUUCCAUUAUAUUUAGCAUUUAAAAAAUAUAUUUGACCAGUAAAUGUGUAGAUUUUGUUAGCAACUUAAGACUAUGUUAUAAGUUGUUUUUUAGAAUUCAAUUACAUGUAAUCCAUUUUGUGUAUAAAUCUUUGUUUGUAAAGGCUGAACAUUUUAGUUUGCUUAAAAUAGCAUGUGUAAUAUGUGACUAUUUUAUUUGUUACAUAUUUUGUACCUUUUUUAUUGGUAGUGUUGUAGAUAACAAGUCAGUGUGGGUAGUGGUGUAUUCAGCGUUAUAGGUUCAUUUAGGUAAUUAAGACUUAGUAAGUACUGCAGAACAUACUGUAGUAACUUCAGUAAGAUAUACAGCCAUGAGAUAUAAUACAUUAAUUGUUUUGAAUGGCUACAAGUUCAACAGCAUGCAUUUCAUGGAUAUUUGGAAUUCAUCCCUACUGUUGAAAUUUGUACUCCUGUUUUUUGGAAGUAUUCCAUUUGAUGAAUAAUCAUUUAAACCAAUGCAGUUAACGUCAGUGUAAACCUUACACGCAUUUCAUUUUGCUAAAUGCAAAUUCAUGCAAAGGUUUACAUUUCUGGUGUUGGUUACUGAAGUAACUCCUGAAAAGGUCUUGCAUGCAGUUUUAUUACUUUGUUGAAUGGCUCCACACAAAACAAAAAUGCUUGCCUCAAAAAUAAUGCAUUUAGAAAAUAAAAAUGUUAUGAAAUUAUAUUAGAAGUUUACACCUUAGUUAUUAUUGAAAUAAUUAACUGUGGUAUGGUUACAAGUUCUGUUUUCCUUUUUCUUGUUGUCAGGCUGGUGACGUAGUCUAUUUGAAGCAUGUUAAUAAAGACAUUUACAAUUUUCUGAUGGCUACAAGGUUCCCCAAGGGAGAUAACUUCUGCACUUCUUCUGUGCGUUUUCUAGAUACAGGUACUCGUGUUACCAAACAGUGUUGUGUAUACAUUGUGAGAAACAACUACGCUGUAAGUUAAUUUUUGUAAGCCUGUCAAGCCAACAUUAUUACUGUGUUAUGUUGAGGUUGGCAGUAAUUAGUAUACAUUUAACAGUACUUGAAGCAUUUCAAUCCAGACAUUUUGUUUUCCGGAGUGUGUUCUUGAGGCUACAUACUUAUUUCUUAUCCAGUGAGAGGUAACUGGUAGCACUGAUAAACUAUAUGUAGAUAAUUUACAAAAACUUGUUAAAUUUUGACACUGUUAUACAGCAUUUGGUAAACUUAAUGGUAGAAUUCAUAUUAAAGGAAUUAAUAUGUAGCCAUGCUGUUUUAAAACAUUAUUGUAAAUGAAGUUGAUUUUACCAGAUAGAUGGAUUAACAUCACUGUUAUCCCAGUGGGUACACUUCACACACUGGGCAUGGAGCAGACAGACUUAUGGUUAUCUGGAUACAUCUUUGCCACUUGAUUUCCAUUUAAUGUUAAAAGUCAAAGAGUGAAUCUCAUAUUGCUGUAAAUGAAGUAGUUGUGUUAAUUUCCAUAAUUGCAUUUACAUAAUUAUUUUAAGCUAAAAUGUACAAUGGGACCAAAUAAAUUAACCCAGUCUUAUCCUUUGCGUGUCGAUUUGUCCUGUGAUUCGGAAUUAGGGCCACAUGUAACCAACGUAGGUGUUUUAAUUGGCCACAUUUACCAUGCAUUAUAAUUUAAGUAAUGUAUUUGACCAAAAUUUUGACCCCAGACGAUUGUAUUAUUUGUGAUGGUGGUCAGUUUUAUGUAUGUAGUUGGAGGAAAUGUGAAUGUAUGGAAUAAACCA